AUGGCUAGAGCAUUAGUGCUAUUGUCGGUGGUGCUGGUUAGUUUGUUGGUGAACCAGGGGAGAGCAUCAGAUAACCAGCGGCUCUUCAAUAAUGCAGUCAUUCGUGUACAACACCUGCACCAGCUGGCUGCAAAAAUGAUUAACGACUUUGAGGACAGCCUGUUGCCUGAGGAACGCAGACAGCUGAGUAAAAUCUUCCCUCUGUCUUUCUGCAAUUCUGACUACACUGAGGCGCCCACUGGAAAAGAUGAAACACAGAAGAGCUCUAUGUUGAAGCUUCUUCGCAUCUCUUUUCGCCUUAUUGAGUCCUGGGAGCUCCCCAGCCAGACCCUGAGCGGAACCGUCUCAAACAGCCUGACUGUCGGGAACCCCAACCAGAUCACUGAGAAGCUGGCCGACUUGAAAAUGGGCAUCAGUGUGCUCAUCAAGGGAUGUCUCGAUGGUCAACCAAACAUGGAUGAUAACGACUCCCUGCCGCUGCCUUUUGAGGACUUCUACUUGACCAAGGGGGAGAACAACCUCAGAGAGAGCUUUCGUCUGCUGGCUUGCUUCAAGAAGGACAUGCACAAGGUCGAAACCUACUUGAGGGUUGCAAAUUGCAGGAGAUCCCUGGAUUCCAACUGCACCCUGUAG